GCAGCCGGCACUGGGCGGGUCUGGCGUUCGAGGCGCGGCCGCUUACGGAGAGGUUCGGCGGAGGGGCCCCUGCCCUCGCAGAUUCUCCCACAACUGAGUUCCUAAAGCACAUUUGUGUAAGUAACAGUUCUCAAGUCAAACUUGAAUUCUAAUCCAGGUCUCUGCCAAUUAAAGUAUGUGACUUUGGGUAUGCAAAGAAGCCUUUUCACACAGAUGUCCUCAGAGAUAAUAUGGAUCAGUCCGGAGUUCUCCUCUGGGUAAAAGCAGAACCCUUUAUAGUGGGUGCGUUGCAGGUCCCCCCUCCGUCCAAGUUCAGUCUUCACUAUCUCAGGAAGAUAUCCAGCUAUGUGCGAACCCGGGCCACUGAGGGAGGCUACCCACGCCUGUCCUGGUCUACAUGGAGGCACAUUGCAUGUGGGAAGCUGCAGCUGGCUAAGGAUCUGGCGUGGCUUUACUUUGAAAUAUUUGAUAGUCUUACAGUGAAGACACCAGAGGAGCGCCUGGAAUGGUCUGAGAUUCUGUCCAACUGCAUGUCUGAGGAUGAAGUUGAAAAGCAAAGAAAUCAGCUUUCAGUGGACACCCUGCAGUUUCUGCUCUUCUUAUAUAUACAGCAGUUAAACAAAGUCUCCCUGAGGACAUCUUUGAUUGGAGAAGAGUGGCCUAGUCCCAGACACAGAUCUCAGUCUCCUGACCUGACUGAAAAAUCCAGUUGUCAUAAUAAGAACUGGAAUGAUUACAGUCACCAAGCUUUUGUCUGUGAUCAUCUGUCAGAUUUCCUUGAGCUGCUUUUAGAUCCAGAACAACUCACUGCAUCAUUUCAUUCAACUCACAGUAGUCUAGUCUCGCGAGAAGCUGUUGUGGCUCUCAGCUUUCUUAUUGAAGGUACUGUGAGUGGAGCCAGGAAGAUCUAUCCACUUUAUGAACUUGCACUGUGGCAACCACUGCAUGCAGAAACUGGCUUCUCAAAGAUGUCUAAGGCCUUUUCUUUCUACAAGCUGGAAGCCUGGUUGAGAGCCUGUUUGACUGGGAAUCCAUUUGGUACAUCGGCUUGCCUCAAGUCAGGGAAGAAAUUGGCUUGGGCUCACCAAGUCGAAGGCGCGACCAAAAGAGCUAAGAUUGCUUGUAACACUCAUGUGGCGCCUAGGAUGUACCGCAUGGUGGUGAUGAGCCAGGUUUACAAGCAGACAUUGGCCAAGAGCUCAGAUACUCUGGUGGGGGCACAUGUGAAGAUCCACCGUUGCAAUGAGUCUUUCAUAUACCUGCUCUCUCCCCUACGAUCUGUGACAGUUGAGAAGUGCAGGAAUAGCACCUUUGUCCUGGGCCCAGUACAGACUGCCCUUCACCUCCACAGCUGUGACAACGUUAAAGUCAUUGCCGUUUGCCAUCGUCUGUCCAUCUCUUCUACGACAGAUUGCAUCUUUCACAUUCUGACGCCUACGCGCCCACUUAUUCUCUCUGGGAACCAGAGAGUAACUUUUGCCCCUUUUCAUACUCAUUACCCGAUGCUGGAGGACCACAUGGCCAGGACCGGCCUUGCGGCAGUGCCUAACUAUUGGGAUAACCCCAUGAUUGUGUGCCGGGAGAACAGCAACACAAGUGUCUUCAGACUCUUGCCACCGUGUGACUUCUAUGUAUUUAUUAUUCCCUUUGAAAUGGAAGGGGACACAACAGAGAUACCUGGGGGUCUUCCAGCUGCAUAUCAGAGAGCACUGGGCCAAAGAGAAAAGAAGAUACAGAUCUGGCAAAAAACUGUGAAAGAGGCUCGUUUGACAAAGGAUCAAAGGAAGCAGUUCCAGGUACUUGUGGAAAAUAAGUUCUAUGAGUGGUUGAUUAAUACAGGACAUCGUCAGCAGCUGGACAGCCUUGUGCCUCCUACAGUGGGCUCCAAACAAGCAGCAGGAUAAAACUUCCUCAUCAAAAUGCUGGCCCUGGAAACAUGAGGAUGAAUGGGGGCUGGUGCACAUGUUGAAACAAUACUGGGAAGGAGUUCUUGCUGCUUAAGACACUUUGGGGCUUUUUCUUCUUAUUUAAGACCUUUCCUUAAGGUUCCUCCCAAUCUCAUUUGUUACUGUUUACUCUGAAUUUUAGCUAAACUUCUGACUAUCAUAUAAACAUAUUGUUUAUAGAACAUCAGAAGGCUCAUUGUGUGAUGCUAAAAUGAAAAAGUUGAUGAAGGCAUUGUAUAUAUGGUAAUGUUUGAGUGAUUGAGUGUAGAUUUACAAGUAUCCUUCAUAUUUUAAUUUGUGUAAUGAGAGGGUUUCAUCCUUUCUAGGGUUAAGUUAAGUGUUUUAUAGUUCUUUAUAACUAUUUAAAAGGAAAUUGCUACUCCUUUAAAAAAAGAAUUGGAAUGAAAGUAUGAUUUUCUUGGAGCAUAAAUGUAGCAGGAAGAGUUUUAUACAAAGAUAUUUUAGUCCUUAAAGUAUGCAACAAUGAAAUUUUGUAAAAAUUUUUAUUUUUUAUUUC